GCGACCUAGAGGAGAAUGAGUCAGUCAAGCAGUUCGGGUGGGACGGGGGGAGUGGGUGGAAGAAGUGGGCAACCACCCACCCCAGUGAGAGCCCAUCCCAUGCUUGGAAAAACGUGCUACAAAUGUGGAGAGGCAGAUCACUUCGCUAGCGUGUGUGAGGAGUAUCACGAUGCAAAAACUCGUGGAGUGAGCUUUGUACCACCACCUCCAAGACCGCGACAAGGACAAGCGAUGACGACUCAAGAGGAGCACCCACGAAGCCUAUUAGCCGAUAGCCUGACAAAUCGUGGCGGGCCAACCUACACAGAUAAGCUAAUGCGCAAAUAUUUUCUGGAGUUGGCGGAGGAGAGACGAGCUAGGAAGGAACAAGAGGUUAGGGAACAGCAAGAGAGGAAGGCGGAGGAGUUGCGCCUGAAGCGGGAGAAAAAGAGGUUGGAACGGCUGGAAGAACGAAAGAGAUAUGAAGACGAGCGUGAUGCGAGACUUUUGCGGCUUGUACGUGUGGAGUGCGGAAGUAACGAGAGACCUGGAAGUGCGAAACGGGAGAAGAAGGUGAGAGUGAAUGAUAGGGGAGAAACGGUGGAAGAAGAUAAAGAGAGGCUGAGCAGAGAGAUCGCUAUGCAACCGAGUUCAGAUGAGGAAGAAGACACUGAGCUCAUAUUAUUACGAAGACGCGCGGCAAGGAUAAACAUCAAUGAUAAACGGAGACGGGACCUAGAGAAACAGACGGCAGAGAGUCCGCCGUUGACUACAGAAACAAAAGGACAAAGGACGAGGUUUAUGGCGGAUGCGAGGGGUCUGAGGCCGGUGUUGGGAAUGGAGGUGAUAUCCAGGAUCGAGGAGAUUAGGAGCUGUGAAGCGGGUAAGACAGCAUCAGCAUCGAAGAUCUUAGCACCAGUUGGAAAACUGGCACUAAGUAUGAAGCACGUGUUUGCUGGUUGUGGACCGGGAGAUCGCGAGAAGUAUGAAGUUGAAUAUCGCGAUCUACUCGAAGCACUGACGAUAGAUGAUCUGAAAGAAGUUUGCAGAAAUGAGAAGAUUAGCUACGUGAAGAGGGAUAUUGCCAUCAAGCGGCUGGUGACCAGGAGACUAUUGAAGGCUUACGAUCCUAUCAACGUCCCUUUGCCUCAAUCUCCGAAGGAAGCUAUGAAAAUACCGGGAUCGGCAAGAUCGAUACGACCGAAGCCAACCACUGAACCGACUGAAGAGGAAAGCGUGUACCGCACUCAAGGACUGGAGACAGAUGUGCUCUAUAAUUGUCUCACGGAUCCUUCUCGAGGGAGUGAUUCCUCGAGCAACGCCGAGGUGGUGGAUGAAGCACAGGACAGGGAGCAGGACAAGGAGUUGUUUAAUGGUCAACCCACUAACAGUACGGCUAUUGUCCCUGCACAUACUCCUCUUCUCACCCUACCUCCGAGUAAUAAUUCCAAUAUAGGAACCGUAGUCCCUUCUUUUUCUGGGUACUCGGGGGGUAAUGGUUGGUUUGGGAAACGAGUCAGCACAUUAGAAGACAAGGUGGCUAGGAUUUGUGAGAAGCACGAGGCGGAUGAAGCGAAGGAAAAAGCAGCCCGUGAGGAGGAAGAACGGAAGAAACGGGAGCGAGAAGAAGAAGAUAGGAGGCAACGUGAAAAGAAAGAUCGAGAAGAUUUCCAGUCGCAGAUGAAGCAAGAGCUAAAUGAGAACCUGGAUAAGGUGUACAAGGCUAUUGAUGGAAAGAGGAAUGGUGAUAGUGAGGAGGUGGCGAAGCUGAAAGCUACUAUCAAUGACCUGCAACGAAGGAUGAACGGUGUUAGUGCAUCAACGGAGGUCACCAAGCCUGUUUCGGAGGCAGAAGAAUUGGCACGAUUAAGACGAGAACAAGUGGAGAUAAAGACAGCGUCAGAUAAAAGACAGUCGGCUCUUAAGGAUGUUGUGCUGGCCCUGCAGAGACAGUGUGAGGAGGCGGAAGUGAACGCUGAAGCUUGGAAAAAUGAACCGCUUCGACCCGGUAAUAAAUGGGAAAGCCUUGCUCUUGGACCUACACCGACAACUCAAGUGCGGUUUUGGGCGCGUACGACACAUGUUGAAACUCCGAAGAGACAAGUGGAGGUUGAUCUGAAAGGUAUUGUCGAGCGACAUCAAAUGGAGGUGAAAGCUUUGCAAGAUUUGCCGAUCAAGGAAAUGAAGGCGCGUAGGGAUUCGGAGGAUGAAGUACUAAGGCUCAAAGACGAGUUGGCCAAGUUGGCAAUGGAAAAGAGAACGGGUGCACGGGGAACUAACUUGAAAUCGAGAUUGGAUGAAGUCGCUGUUAGGAAAGAAAAAGGCGUGGUUGAAGAUGAAGUAGGUCCUUCGAACCGCAAAUCCAAGGUUAUGACUGCACCAAGUUAUGUGGCACGAACGGUUGAUAGAGAUACUUUUGUUCGAGAAAAUCGGAGGCAACUUCGAGGGAAAAAAAAAAAAGAAGUUAUUACUAUCUAUGAGAAAGAAGGUGUACCCUACACCACUCUGGAACUGACCAAAGAAGUGAUCGUGCAGGAGCGAGCUGCUCAGGCCUUUGAGAACGAGGAUGGUAAGAAAGACAAUGGUAAGAACGUUGUUGUGAUUGAAGUGUCCGGAGAAGGGGAUGAGUCAUCGGACAAAGAUGACGGGCAAGACUCUGAUGUUUCUUAGGGUCUUGCCCGAACACGGCUUUCUUAUAGG